CAUCUGUUUUACCGUCGUUAAUCAGCGUAGAAGAAGAAAGAACUCAAACAACAUGGCGGCGCCCUCAGAACACGCUGAUGCCUCCUCCUCAGUGACAGAACCUCCAGAAAUGGACAAACCAGAAGCUCCAGAAACCACCAGAGACCCGGAAACCUCAGACCCAGAGCCGGCAGCUCAGGACCCAGACCCGGAUGAGGACGAAGACGAGGACGAAGCGGAGCCGUCCGGGCCGAAGAUCCGCGACACCCCGCAGGACAUCCGACUGGAGGCGAUCGCCAACACGGUGGCCUUCCACCCGAGCAGAGACAUCCUGGUGUGCGGGGACGUGGACGGAGACGUGUACGCGUACUCGUACUCGUGCACGGAGGGGGAGAACCGGGAGCUGUGGUCGUCCGGGCACCACAUGAAGUCCUGCCGCCAGGUGCGCUUCUCCGCGGACGGGCUGAAGCUGUACAGCGUGUCCCGGGACAAAGCUGUCCACCUGCUGGACGCGGAGCGAGGGCAGCUGGUGACGAGGAUCCGCGGGGCGCACGGGGCCCCCAUCAACAGUCUGCUGCUGGUGGACGAAAACAUCCUGGCGACCGGAGACGACGGAGGAACCCUCAAGGUGUGGGACAUGAGGAAGGGGACGGCCAUCAUGGAUCUGAAACACCACGAGGAUUACAUCAGUGACAUCACUGUGGACCAGGCCAAGAGGAUCCUCCUCACCACCAGUGGCGAUGGUACCAUGGGUGUCUUCAACAUCAAGAGGCGGCGGUUCGAGCUGCUGUCGGAGUACCAGAGUGGCGAUCUGACCUCGGUGGUGCUGAUGAAGCGCGGCAAGAAGGUGGUGUGCGGCUCCAGCGAGGGCACCAUCUACAUCUUCAACUGGAACGGCUUCGGAGCCACCAGCGAUCGCUUCGCCCUCAAGGCCGAGUCAGUGGAGUGCAUCGUCCCCAUCAACGACAGCAUCAUGUGCACCGCCUCCAUGGACGGGUACAUACGAGCCAUCAACCUCCUUCCCAACCGGGUCAUCGGCUGCAUCGGGCAGCAUGUCAACGAACCCAUCGAAGAGCUCGCCAAGUCCUGGGACUCCCGCUUCCUGGCCAGCAGCGGCCACGACCAGCUCAUCAAGUUCUGGGACAUUUCCAGUUUACCCAACACGACGGUCAAUGAAUACCGCAAGAGGAAGAAGAAAGACGGACGGAUGAAGUCUCUCACCAAGAAAGCCCACGGAGACAAUGACUUUUUCUCAGGACUCGCAGAGGAAACGGAAAAGAAGGAGGAGGAGGAAGAGGAAGAAGAGGAGGAUGACAGUGACAGUGACAGUGGCAGCGAUUAAAACACAGUUGGUUUCAUGUUUGAAAUGUGUUGUUACUGUGCCGUGAGACAGUUUUGUCCUAAAUAAGUGGACACACUCGGCCACUGUUUGCUGGACGAUCCAAAGUGCCUCACAGAGUUCGGAGUGUGUACACUAGUGUUUAUGGCACUGUGGACACACACUGACCCUCUGACCUCGGCAGUGUUGGUGUCUCUUUUAGGUUCAAGUGCAACCUAGAAACAAACAACACUGGUGACUGUGGGAUGAAGAGCGAAUGUCCCAGAAGAUUACACACUCUUUACUGCAGAAAUGUUCACACACACUGGCUGUUGAUGAACCAAAUAUAAGAACUAAUGAUCAGACAUUAAGAUAAUGGGAGAUAAUAACAAUGCUAGGCCCAAAUAUGAUUUGUACAUCCCUAAUGUGUCCAUAACAGAGUAUCAGUAACUGUCUGCUAAGACUUGUAAUUCUACCAACAAAUUCUAAGAGAAAAGUUCAGUCUUGUUUUGGUAUCUCUACCAAAAGUCUAUUCAGUUGAAAUUUCUCAAACAGUGAUGAGUCCCAUAGGUUUCUGGUGGCAUUUUUAGCCUCUACGGUGGGUAUAUUUCUGGAGAAAUGUAUUUCUAUUAAUAUUAAAAUUGUUUCUUAAAUAUCCUUAAUUCGU